AUGGCGUUCACCUUUGCGGCCUUCUGCUACAUGCUCACGCUCGUCUUGUGUGCCGCACUCAUUUUCUUCGUCAUUUGGCAGAUCAUUGCAUUCGAUGAACUCCGCACAGAUUUCAAGAACCCCAUUGACCAGAGCAACCCCACCAGAGCAAGAGAGAGAAUACUGAAUAUUGAAAGAAUCUGCAAUUUACUGCGAAGGCUGGUCGUGCCGGAAUAUUCUAUCCACGGGCUCUUCUGCCUGAUGUUCAUGUGUGCGGGAGAGUGGGUCACGCUUGGCCUGAAUAUUCCCUUGCUCUUCUACCAUCUCUGGAGAUUUUUUCACCGCCCAGCUGAUGGCUCAGAAGUCAUGUAUGAUCCUGUUAGCGUGAUGAAUGCGGACAUUUUAAAUUACUGCCAAAAAGAGUCGUGGUGUAAACUGGGCUUCUACCUGCUCUCUUUCUUCUACUACCUGUACAGUAUGGUGUACGCUCUGGUGAGCUUCUAA